CCCCAGGUCUCGGGUCCGCUACGGAGCCUGCCGGCUGGGGUUUCCCAGUUCCCAGAGUCCGGCCGGGGAGCUCGUGCGGCCCGGACCAGGACGGUGUCGGAGGUGGUGGUGAAGGACCCCGUCCCGGAGGACCGCUGUGGGUCUCACGCCCAUCUCCCCGCCAGAAAACAUCACCUCAGCGCUCCCGGGGGCUGCUUUUGAGAGGGAAAGAGCCCAUGUUUGUUAGGAAUUUAGCCCUCUCGAGUCUCAGAAUUCCUUCCCCAGGAUCUGGCUUUCGAUUGCACAUUUCAGGAACAGGAGUUGAGGAUCUCACGCAGCCUCUUUCUAUCUCGGGGCGAACUAAGAUCUUCCUCACGUAACUUCAUCUCUUUUCCUCAGAGCAGCGCUAAGCCAUUCCCGUGUACGAAGACAGCUGCGCUUUACCCUCUCCCACCCUUCUUUUGGGUUUCAGGAACACACAGGCUCCACGUUCCUUUACCUGGCGCUCUGUGGCCUCACAUCUAAGGCCACUCGUUCUGGUAAUCCUCAUCUGGGUCCACUCCCAUUUUCCAGAGAUUUUCCCAAAACUGGGUUCCUAAAGUCCAUUUGUAAGUAACACAGUUCUCAAGUCAGACAGACUUGAAUUCUAAUCCAGGGUGGUGCCAAUCUAAGUAUGUGACUUUGGGUAAGUCCCUUAACUUUUCCAAGCCUCCGUGUGCUCGUCUGAAAAUGGGGACGGUCGUAUCUCUAGAUGGUUGAGAGGACAAAAGGAGGUGAAGAACGAAAAAUAUUUAGCCUGCGGAACAUCGUAUGCCAAGAAGCCUUAUUACACAGAUGUCCUUCGAGAUAAUAUGGAUCAGUCCGGAGUUCUCCUCUGGGUGAAAGCAGAACCCUUUAUAGUGGGUGCCUUGCAGGUCCCCCCUCCGUCCAAGUUCAGUCUUCACUAUCUCAGGAAGAUAUCCACGUAUGUGCGAACCCGGGCCACAGAAGGAGCUUACCCACGCCUGUACUGGUCUACAUGGAGGCACAUUGCAUGUGGGAAGCUGCAGUUGGCUAAGGAUCUGGCGUGGCUUUACUUUGAAAUAUUUGAUAGUCUUGCAGUAAAGACACCAGAGGAGCGCCUGGAAUGGUCUGAGAUUCUGUCCAACUGCAUGUCUGAGGAUGAAGUUGAAAAGCAGAGAAAUCAGCUUUCAGUGAACACCCUACAGUUUCUGCUCUUCUUAUACAUACAGCAGUUAAACAAGGUCUCCCUGAGGACAUCUUUGAUUGGAGAAGAGUGGCCUAGUCCCAGAAAUAGAUCUCAGUCUCCUGAUUUGACUGAAAAAUCCAGUUGCCAUAAUAAGAACUGGAAUGAUUAUAGUCACCAAGCAUUUGUCUGUGAUCAUCUGUCAGAUCUCCUUGAGCUGCUUUUAGAUCCAGAACAACUCACUGCAUCAUUUCAUUCGACCCAUAGUAGUCUAGUCUCUCGCGAAGCUGUUGUGGCCCUCAGCUUUCUUAUUGAAGGUACAGUGAGUAGAGCCAGGAAGAUAUAUCCACUUCAUGAACUUGCUCUGUGGCAACCACUGCAUGCAGAAAGUGGCUUCUCAAGGAUCUCUAAGACCUUUUCUUUCUACAAGCUGGAAGCCUGGUUGAGAGCCUGUUUGACGGGGAAUCCAUUUGGUACAUCUGCUUGCCUUAAGUCUGGAAAGAAAUUGGCUUGGGCUCACCAAGUUGAAGGGACGACCAAAAGAGCUAAGAUUGCUUGUAAUACGCACAUGGCCCCUAAGAUGCACCGCAUGGUGGUGAUGAGCCAGGUUUACAAGCAGACGUUGGCCAAGAGCUCAGAUACUCUGGUGGGGGCACAUGUAAAGAUUCAUCGGUGCAACGAAUCUUUUAUAUAUCUGCUCUCUCCCUUACGAUCUGUGACCAUUGAGAAAUGCAGGAAUAGCACCUUCGUCUUGGGCCCUGUGCAGACUGCUCUUCACCUCCACAGCUGUGACAACGUUAAAGUCAUUGCUGUUUGCCAUCGUUUGUCCAUCUCUUCUACAGCAGGCUGCAUCUUUCACAUUCUGACGCCUACACGCCCACUUAUUCUCUCUGGAAACCAGGCAGUAACCUUUGCCCCUUUUCAUACCCAUUACCCAAUGCUGGAGGAUCACAUGGCCAGGACCGGCCUCGCUACCGUGCCUAACUAUUGGGAUAAUCCAAUGAUUGUGUGCCGAGAGAACUGCAACACAAGUGUCUUCCAACUCUUACCACCUUGUGAAUUCUAUGUAUUUAUUAUCCCCUUUGAAAUGGAAGGGGACACAACAGAGAUACCUGGGGGUCUUCCAUCUGCAUAUCAGAAAGCACUGGGUCAAAGAGAACAGAAGAUACAAAUCUGGCAGAAAACUGUGAAGGAGGCUCGUUUGACAAAGGAUCAAAGGAAGCAGUUCCAGGUACUUGUGGAGAAUAAGUUUUAUGAGUGGUUGAUUAAUACGGGACAUCGGCAACAGCUGGACAGUCUUGUGCCCCCUGCCGCAGGCUCCAAACAAGCAGCAGGAUAAGACUCCUACAUGGAAACACUGGGGCCUGGAAACAGGAGGAUGAUGAAUGGAAGAUGGUACACGUCUUGAAACUAAAUUGGGAAGAUGCUCUUGCUGCUCAAGAGACACUGGGGCUUUUUCCUUCCUAUUUAACACCAUUCCUUGAUUUCCAUUCCAUACUGAUGUAUUACUGUUUAGGUCGAAUUUUAGAUGAACUUCUGACUAUUAUAUAAAUGUAUUGUUAUAGAACAUCAGAAAGCUCAUCUUUGUGUUGCCAAAAUGAAGUUGAUGAAGGCAGUUUCAUUGUAUAUUAAUAUUAAAGUGACUGAAUGUAGAUUUGCAAGUAACUUUCACAUUUUAAUUUGUAUGAUGAAAGGGUCUCAUCCUUUCUAGAGUUAAAUACGAGUUUUAUAGUUCUUUGAAACUAUUUAAAAGGAAAUUGCUACUCCUUUUAAAAAAUAAUUGGAAUGAAAGUAUAGUUUGUUGGUGUAUAAAUAUAGCAGAAAUAGUUUUAUACAGAGAUUUUAUUCCUUAAAAGUGUGAAACAAUGAAAUUGUGUAUUUUUCAUUUUCUGCUUCAAAUUUUCAAUAAGCAAACUCUAAAAAGUAAUUUUCUCCUUUUGAGAAAAAAGAUAAAGAUUUGCUUUUAAUUUUAGAAUAGGUUUUAUGGGGUAGGAAAGAAUUUUUCCUCUAUCCUUCUAGGUUCUUUUGGCUUUAGUCUAUUAAUUAAAUUGACAUAAGACAGAUUAACAGGAGAAAAACAAUUUUAAUUAGAUAUCUGUGGGAGCCUCAUAAGAAUAUGAGUCCAGGAACAAGUCAGGCAGUUGGCUUAUAUGCUACCCUGAGCUAAGGAAUGGAAUAUGGGCCUGGGGUUUCAAAGGGUAAUUCACAGGAUGUUAAGAAGAGCAGAUGUGUGGCAGUUAGAUGUUUGCCUUGUCAUACAGAUGGGUCAUUCAGAUUAAAAGUUCCCUCUGGUAAUAGCUCUCCUGGGCCAGGCUCCCUAUCUGAAUUAUUUUAGGUAGUUAAGGGAAAGUUUUUCUUGAAUCAGCAGGGUCUUCAUUGCCUUUAGCUCAAAAUAAUCCACAUGUUAAAGUAGGGCAUUUUGGGGUCAUGUAUUCUUCCUCUCAGUUACCAAUGUCACUUUGUGAUGUUAUGUCAAAAUAAAGUUUACAUUUGAUUGGGAAAGCUGUAUUCUUUAAGAUAAAGGAAAAAGAAUUAUUAAAUUAUUAAUUAUUAAAUUAUUAAAUGAAUCCACUGAUAAACACUG